GUGAGCCGCCCGCGACUCAACUCACCACCUGACGGAACUCCGCCACGACUGCAAGAAUCAUCCACAAUGGAAACAGUUAAGAAGGUUGAGGAGACGAUGGCCACGGACCUGGGAGCCCUUCUGGACGCUGGGGACGGCGCCAUCGUGAUGCUGGUGGCAGGCGACACACGGCUGGCGGCCCACCGGGCAGUCCUGGUGGACAGGAGCCCCGUGUUCGCUGCCAUGUUCCAGCACGACACGCUGGAGGCCAGCAGCGGAGAGGUGGCCAUCGCGGAUGUGGAGGGCCCGGUGCUGCGCCAGCUGGUCUCAUACCUGUACACCCUGCGGGCCCCCCAGCUGCCCAGCAUAGCCCCCCAGCUGCUGGCCACAGCAGAUAAGUACGCACUGUCGGGGCUUAAGGCAGAGUGCGAGAAACAGGUGGCCGCAGAGCUGGCUCUGGAAACCGCAGCAGCCACAGCGGUUCUCGCUGUGAGGCACUCUUGUAGCAGCCUCAGGCAGGCUGCACUCACCUUCAUCAAGAGACACACCCACCAGGUGAUGGCCACCCAGGGAUGGGCAGAUGCGAUGCUUCGUCAGCCUAAAGAUCUGAUUGAAGUGAGCCGGCUGCUCUCUGAUCCACCGGCAGAAACCAGCACACCAACCGCUACACAAGUGAGGUCCACCACCACCACCACCACCACCACCGCCAGCGCCACCCGCCAGUCCCACAGCAGUCAGAUUCCUGCUGCAGCUGUGCCGGCAACAGCAACAGCAACGGCAACGGCAACAGCAAUGGAAACAACAACGGCUCCUUCACUUGAUGGCGAUGCUGUCUCUCGCAUACAGAGCCUUUCUCAACAAGGGAAAAACAGAAGGCUGAUCUAGGCAGCUGAGCAGGGGGCCGUAGAGGAGCUGAGGGCACUGCUAGCUGCAGGGGCGGAUGUGGGGGUGAGAGACAGGGGCGAACACAGGAUGACUGCCCU